AUGGAACUCAACUCCUUGCCUCGUUCAGCCGAAGUGCUGGUCAAUCAAUUGACCGAGCGAAUCGACGACUCGCAUGGAUUAGGCUUCAUGAGCCCCGCGGUCUAUGAUACCGCAUGGGUUUCCAUGGUCCAGAAGCCCGUCGACGGCUACACGGUGUGGUUGUUUCCCGAGUGCUUUGAGUAUAUCCUGUCAAACCAACUUGAGGAUGGAAGCUGGGUCAUGUACGCUUCCCAGAUCGAUGGGAUCCUGAACACUGCCGCGUCCUUGUUAUCGCUGAAGCGGCAUUUCACUUCGCCACUUCAAAUCAGUACAAUCUCCCAGGAAGAUCUCGCAGAGCGGAUUGAUCGAGCUACAAGAGCCUUGCAUGCCAUGCUCGACGAAUGGGAUGUCAAUGCUACGGUACAUGUUGGGUUCGAGAUCCUCGUCCCGGCGCUGCUGGGCUAUCUGGAGACUGAAGGCAUUGUGCUUUCCUUUUCGGGUCGCGAUCGUCUCUUUGCGGUCCGCGACCAGAAACUAGCUCGGUUCAAGCCCGAGCUGCUGUACAUGCCUGUCCAAACCCCGGCCUUGCAUUCAUUGGAGGCAUUCAUCGGGUCGAUUGAAUUUGACCGGGUUCGUCAUCAUAAGGUCAACGGCUCUUUUAUGGCAUCACCAUCUUCCACGUCAGCUGUGCUCAUGCAUGCCUCCGAAUGGGAUGACGAGUGCGAGGAAUACCUUCACCACGUCAUCCAAUAUGCGUCCGGAAACCGCUCUGGAGGUGUACCCAGCGCAUUUCCUUCUACUACUUUCGAAAUUACCUGGACGCUCUCAACAUUGAUCAAGAACGGAUUUGAUCUCGAUCUAAAGAUACUGCCAUCUAUCCAGAAAGCCCAGACGUACCUGCACGAUACUCUUGCCAUGGAGGAAGGAACGGUGGGCUUUACACCACAUGUUUGCGCCGAUGCAGAUGAUACCGCCAAAGUCAUUCUCGUGCUACAACUGCUACAACAGCAUGUAUCGCUGGAACCGAUGCUGAAGGCCUUUGAAGCAGAACAUCAUUUCAAAACCUACCCCUAUGAGCGCGACCCCAGCUUCUCGGCCAACUGCAAUGUCUUACUGGCAUUGCUCUACACGGAUGAUGUCUCACAGUAUGCGUCUCAGAUCGAAAAGGCGACCCGGUUCCUGCACACGCACUUCCGGGAAACCGACUUGAAAGUCCGUGAUAAAUGGAACCUGUCCCCCUUCUACUCCUGGAUGCUCAUGACCGAGGCCAUUGCCCGCCUGCACCUGCUAUUCCAGAGUUCUCAAUUACUGUCCCUGAAAGAGCUUUUUGAGCAAGAUCUCGUCAACCUGCUGCGUGAUAUGACUGCCUCAGUCCUGCAUCAGCAGAAUCAAACCAGCUCGUGGGGCUCUAGAGAUUCUAAGGAAGAAACGGCAUAUGCGGUACUCGUCCUUACAUAUGCGGUGCAAUUUGAGUUCUCCGAGAUACCUCGUCACCUGAUUCGAAAAGCAAUCCACGAUGGCUGCUCAUUCCUCCGUUCAAACGCUGCUCUUGGCUCAGAGCGUCUCUGGGUGGAGAAAGUCACAUAUGAAUCGGAAAUGUUGUCACAGGCCUACACGCUAGCUGCUUUGAAGAAAGCGGCAGAUUUGCCACCGGAAGCACAGCACCACCCGGAGGGUGUCUCCAUGAGUUCGGCAGAUGAACAUCAUGCCGAGUCUAUUGAGCGUCCUGUAGUGCCGAAUGGGCAUCACGCCCAUGUUAUCGAAGAUCCUGCAGAGUUGAACGGACAUCCUUCCGAGCCUAUCGAACAUCCUGAAGUGACAAAUGGGCAUCACGCCGAGGUGUUUGAAGAUCAUGCAGAGUUGAAUGGACAUCCUGCCGAGCCUAUCGAUCAUUCGGUAGUGCCGAAUGGGCAUCACGCCGAGGUUUUCAAAGAUCAUGCAGAGUUGAAUGGAAAUCCUGCUGAGCCCAUCGAGACUAAUGGACAUAUUGCCGAGCUCACUGAAAUUGAAAGCAAAAGCACAAAUGGAGCAUUCUGCACCGAAACAGAGAAUACCGAAACCAAGAUGAACGACGUGCUUCCCACCCACACAGUAGAGCUUCAUGGUCCCCAUGAAAACGGAAAUGUUCAAACGGAGAGCACGGAGCUCACAGCGGUUGGCUUUAAUGGUCCCUCAAGCCAUUCCUGCCGGCGCGAAUGGACAGAAGACGAGGAACAAAUCCUGUUGGGGCCAUUCGACUAUCUUGAAAGCUUACCGGGAAAAAGCAUACGAUCGCAAUUCAUUCAAGCCUUCAAUUCCUGGCUCCAGGUGACCCCGGAACAUCUAGAAGUGGUCGAAAAGGCGAUUUCCAUGCUGCACACUGCAUCGCUCCUCGUCGAUGAUAUCGAAGACAGUUCGCUUCUUCGACGAGGCCAGCCGGUAGCACACAGUAUCUUCGGCAUGGCGCAAACCUUCAAUUCUGGCAAUUAUGUCUACUUCCUUGCACUUCGGGAGAUUCAGAAACUGGAAAGCCCACGCGCAAUUGAGAUCUACGUCGACGCCUUGAUCCACUUGCACCGUGGUCAAGGCAUGGACAUGUUCUGGCGCGAUUCGCUCAUUUGUCCCACAGAAGAGGAUUACCUGGCUAUGGUCGGCAACAAAACAGGGGCGCUUUUCUGCCUCGCCAUCGAACUGCUGCAGAUCGGUAGUCCCGUCCAAGUCGACUUAGUCCCGCUAGUCCGACUAUUUGGCAUUAUCUUCCAGGUUUGCGAUGACUAUCUGAAUCUGAAGUCACCAAGCUACUUGCAGAAGAAGGGUUUAUGUGAAGAUCUGACCGAGGGGAAAUUCUCCUUCCCUAUAAUCCACAGCAUUCGCUCAAACCCCAGCAAUCGGCGAUUGAUUAAUAUCCUGAAACAGAAACCUCGGGAUGAUGAUAUCAAGCGAUAUGCGGUUGCCUACAUGGAGACUACGAAUACCUUUGAGUAUACCCGGGGCUUUGUUGGCAGCCUCAAGGCCGAAGCCUUAGAAAUGAUAGAAAAUUUAGAGAAGCAGGGACUUGGAGAGAACCUUGCAAUCCGAAAGCUGUUGGCUCGACUGUUGGUAGAUGUGUGA